AUGUCCGUCAAUCAAUCGAAGGGUGACAAGAACGAGCCGCAGCAGUACAGAAGAGUAGGUCGAUCCGGUAACUCAUCCUUGCCAAGGAACUACUCCGGUGGUGGUGGGAAGGGCGGCGGCGGCGGCGGCGGAGGAAGUAACACCGCCCCACCAUCCUCCUCCUCUUAUUCUUCGCAGAGAAGCUUUAAGAAGACGAAUAAUCAUGCUCAAGGAGUACAACCUAGGGUAAACACCCCGAUUACAAAUUCAAAUUCGGAUUUGUCGAAUUCUUCUACUCCCGGAGGCGCUAGUGUAACCAAUGGCGCACAUUUACAACCGCCGGCACGAGGUGCACCUGGUUCUCCAUCUACUCCAAAGCCAUCUGAAACACCAAUUCAGAAGAACACCCCCGGCCUCCCAAAGGCUCCUCCACAGGGUAACACAACUGUUCCCAGUUCUGAUGUUACUGGUCCUUCAACUCCAACAAAAGGUCCUGCAGAUGCUUCUAGGGCAUUUCCACUUCAAUUUGGAUCAAUCAGUCCUGGUAUCGUGAGUGUAAUGCAGAUACCUGCUCGAACUAGCUCUGCCCCACCAAAUUUUGAUGAACAGAAACAAGCUCAAGCUCAUGUUGAUUCCUUAAAAGCUAAUAAAAUUCAAACUCCAUCAAUCCCAAAACAACAAAGAAAAGAUGAUGUUUCGGUUUCUGUUUCUGUUAUUCAAAGUAAUGCCCCUGAGAUUCAUCAUUCUAUUUCAAAACCUAAAAAAGAAAACCAAACUUUAUCUACCCAUUCUACCCCUCAAAAGCUGCCUGGACCUCCGAUCCCUGGUGUUUCAAUGCAAAUGCCAUUUCACCAUUCUCCAAUACACGUCCCCUACCCUACUCCAAAUCCCCAAAUGCAAUCACAAGGAAUGCCAAAUAUGCCCCUCCCAAUGCCCUUACAAAUGGGGAAUCCACCACAACAAGAGGUGGCUCCUAGCACAAUGUAUGCUAUUAUGUAUGAAAGAGCGGGAGGUGGCUCCUGGCACACUGUAUGCUAA